AUGCGCCGCCCUGUAUGUCUUUCUUUCGUCGUUGGGUUGCCUUGGAAGGAUUAUUUGUUCCUUCGUUGGCUGACCGACGCACUCUCACCUCCCACUCCUCCGUCUCACUCUUCUUCCGUCCCUCUCAUCAUCGCCCCUUCACUCCCACCCCCAGCCGGCCCACCCCCCCAACGUCCCCCCACCAACCAACAGAACUACGGCCCGCAAUUCGAGAACCAAUACUCGCACCAGCAAGAACAGCCCUACUUCCAGUACUCGCAGUGCAACGGGAAGAAGAAGGCGCUCUGCAUAGGCAUCAACUAUUUCGGGACGAGCGCGGAGCUGAAGGGGUGUAUUAAUGAUGCGCGGAAUAUUAAGCGGUUUUUGUGUGGCCAGUUUGGGUAUAAAGAGGACGAUAUCGUGAUGCUCACGGACGACCAGAACGACCCGCGUGCGAUCCCGACGAAGGAGAAUAUCUAUCGCGCGAUGCAGUGGCUCGUGAACGGCGCGCAGCCGAACGAUUCGUUGUUCUUCCAUUACUCCGGACACGGAGGACAGACGAAGGAUCUAGAUGGGGACGAGGCGGAUGGGUAUGAUGAGGUCAUCUACCCCGUCGAUUUCAAGGAGAACGGACAUAUCGUGGACGAUGAAAUGCACGAUAUAAUGGUACGGCCGCUCCCGGCUGGAUGUCGGCUGACGGCGAUAUACGACUCGUGCCAUUCGGGGUCUGCGUUGGAUCUGCCUUAUAUCUACUCAACCGAAGGAAAAAUCAAAGAACCGAACCUCGCCGCGGAAGCGGGCCAGGGGCUCCUCACCGCCGUCACAUCGUACGCAAGAGGAGACAUGGGCGGCGUGUUCAGCAGUCUGACGAAGAUCGCGAAGACGGCGACGGGUGGGGGUGGGAAGAAGGCGGAGGAGAGGAGUAGGCGGACGAAGACGAGUUCGGCCGAUUGUAUCUCGUGGAGCGGCUGUAAAGAUUCACAGACGAGCGCGGACGCGAACGAGGCAGGCAGCGCGACGGGCGCUAUGUCAUACGCCUUCAUAACCGCCCUCUCCGCGAACCCGCAGCAGAGCUACAUGCAGCUCUUGCAGGGCCUGAGGCAGAUCUUGAAGGCGAAGUACAGCCAGAAACCACAGCUUUCGAGUUCGCAUCCGAUGGAUACGAAUUUGUUGUUCAUCUGUUGA